UACAGGUCUUGUUUACGUGURAAUUUUAUUUAUUCUCGAUAUUUCAAUUCUUCGAUGGCUGAAUUAAAAACGGCUGAUCUGAGUGAUGCAUAUAGUGAUAUUCUCCAAUAUGCAGAGCCAAUUUUCAAAGAUUAUGGCGGUAAAAAGACGUUCGGAGGAAAGAUAUCUACCGUGAAAUGUUUUGAGGACAACGUAUUGGUGAAAAAAGCCCUAUCUGAACAUGGACACGGCAAGGUUCUCGUCGUUGAUGGUGGUGGAUCSAUGAGAAGAGGAAUGCUUGGAGAUAAUUUAGCUACCAUGGCGGUUAACAAUGGUUGGUCUGGCGUCAUCAUGUAUGGAUGUAUCAGAGAUUCAGAAGAUAUAUCAAAAAUAAGUAUUGGUGUUAAAGCACUUGGAACUAUGCCRCUAAAGAGUAUAAAAAAAGGAGAAGGUGAUCGCGAUAUCCCUGUGAAGUUUGCUGGAGUGACGUUUAUGCCUGGUCAAUAUGCUUAURCUGAUGUUGAUGGAGUAAUUGUUUCACCCAAGGAACUUACUUUACCUCCUCCAAAAUUAUGAUAUGAAGUAAAUAAAAAAUUAUAAAGAAAUUGUAGUUCUAGUAAACACCUAAAGAUAUAUCCAAUCCAUCAA